UGCGCUCGCGGCAAUUUGUUUUUUAUCUAGUUCCUUAGUUGAUGUGCCUGCAAGAGCAAAGAUUUCCAUUAAUUUUUCGUCUGUAAGUCCCAUUUUUUAGUCUCACAGAUUGAUUUGAAAUGGCACAAGUAAAGGUGACCAGUUAUUACACUCGUCGGAAACGAAUUGACGAUUCCCAACCACCCAAAAGACGGAAACUUCAGCUCAGUACAUCCUGCCAAGAGACGGACAAGACAGAUUCGGGACUCGAACAAUCCGACGUGAAGUUACACUUGAAAGCAGGCCUAGAUGCCUUCACCAAACAGGUACUUCCGCAAGUUGAUCGAGCAGUAUUGCUAGAAGAUACAGUUUUGCAGUGUUCGAAGGGCAUUGCUUCCACGGGGCGGCCCAAAUCUGCCAGAAAAUCCCGUGCAAGUGCGACAAGAAACUCAAAGAAGAAGGGACCCUUAGACAAACAUUUAGCAUGUUUAGAGAGGGUUACUUGCAGUCCACAACCCUCAACUGAGGUAAAAACUGACUUCAGCGUCAGCGGUUCGAUUCAAAUUGCAGAAUUUGUUAAACAUCACUCUCCCCCGUCAACACCAACAAAGCGGUCUCAGCAGAUUCUCGAAGCACCCAGCAGAAAGAAGAGAUGUAGAAUUGGAAGCACCGAUGUCACUAUGGUAACAGACGACUCUCUGGGCCAGAUGACCAGCACGACUGAAUCGUCCAGAGUAUCCCGUAGAAAAGUCCGUGCAGCCGGACGACAGGUAUCAAAAAGGACGAAUGAAGGAAGAUCAGCCAAGAAAAGACUGGAGGCAUCAUUGCAACAGUUUGCAAAAUUUGAGGAAUCAGAUACCAUCACCAGACCUUCAAAAGACAUAUUUUCAACCAAAGAGGGCGUAGCUUCACCCCAUCUCUGCUACAAGGACAAUUCAAAUGGAAUCACUGCCAUCCAGUGCGAGUCACAUCAAACAAGUGCUACAUUUACCAAGACGACACCUGCUAAACCAGAGGUGACCACAUGCUCAGCGGGCCCAAGCCAGGCCGCCAACCCACAAGACGGGAUGCUGCAGGCAUUUAUUGAGAGGACAAGUCGGUCUGUGGCAUCUGCCGAUGUCAAGGGGUCAAAGGUUAAUGAAAGGUUGAGAGAUCGGAUACACGAAGCAGUUGAGGAUGUUGGGAGCAGCCCCUUAAACACAGCUGUGGAAGGCGGCAGAAGUAAUUUUGACGGAAAACAAAAGACUAAGUUGACGCCAGCCGCGAUGAAGGAGCGUCUGUCACAAUCCUGCAAGCUGAGCGACCUGCAAGCCAGACUAGCCCAAGUGAAGCAGUGUGCUGACCGGGCCAAGAACAUCCCAAAGCCUGCUCCGUCAGUCAACAGUGACGUCACUGCUGGAACCAGUAAACCUGCAGCAGGCAAAAUUAGGAUGGAGGAGCCAGCAGUGCCCGCCUACCAGAAGUACCACGCCCUUGCCAGCUCGGCCCCGCCCACCCUCAUUCUGCCCUACAAGUACAAAUGUCUGGAGGAGAUGUUCCGCAGCACGGACACCGUGGUCAGCAUGCUGCACAACCGGUCGGAGACGUGCGCCUUCCCCAAGCUUAAGCAAGCGGUGCAAGAAAUGUGCCGAAGGGCAUUUGAACACCAGCAUCUGGGCCAAAUCAAGACGGUCUAUCCCACCGCGUACUUUCUGAGGCAGGAGAAGGUUGGAAGAACAGGGGUCAACCAAAAGCCUAACUACGAGUUGGUCCUAGAGGCUAAUACAGGAUCAGGAGUUGGAACAUCAGCUGGUCAAGAAAGCAGUGAACCCAUAAGGAACAUUUCCCAUAGCAACGCCGUGUCCAAGCUCAUCAGCAAGUUCACGCCUUCCAUGCUGAUUGCCAGACGCAGCAUCUUUCAUAACAACUUGGUAGAUAUUGUCAAGGAGCAUCACAAAGAAUUCUUGUCUAAGUUGGAGCGCCCUCUGUCUGUGCCAAGCGACAAGCUGACCCGGUGGCAUCCCAAGUUUCCCUUGGACCAGAUACCUGACAUUGAGCCAGCCGCCUUGCCCAAACCCCCGCUGGUGGCAACUUACAGUACAGCCAAGGACGUUCUCGACAAGGCUCGCGUGAUGAUGAACCCUCGGGUUGCCAAGGCUCUUGAGGUUGUAGCUACAAAUUCAGCUCUCUUGAAAGCAGAGAAAGACAAACAGACGGCUGAGCAGCAGGCUGUCAACGUCAAGCGGGAACCUGAAGCCAACCAACAUAUAAAAGCAGUCAGUGGUGUCAGCCAGUCCCUGCUAGACAAGAUCCGGGCCAAGGAGGCACACAAUCUGACGGCCAUGAUGACUCGCAACCCAGCUGACCAGGAGAGAAUUGCCAUGCUAGAACGCCUGCCAGAACUCUGCCGCAUUCUCAGAGUAUUUUUCCUCUCGGAGAAGAAAGCUGCCCUACCCGUUGAAGCCGUCAUUCAAAAGUUAGCCGAUAGUUACCCGUCUGUGCUUUCUAAAGCUCAAGUUGAGAAGCAUGUUAGUCUCAUGGUGGAGGUCCUGCCGCAGUGGCUGAGCAAAGUCGUAGUGCGCAAGGAUCACUAUCUAAAGAUGGACAAAACCAAAGACAUGAGUCAGAUAAACGACAGGGUGAACCAACUGCUCAAGGAGAACAAACAGGUCAAGGGUUAAAGGUCAAAACAUCUGCAGAAGGGGCUGUAUGUGAGAAGAAUCACGGGCCCUAACAAAAUGGGUUGAUUUGGGGUCAUCAUCUAACUUAAAGUACACAUGAGGCCAGAUUUUGUUUGGAUGCGUCCAGUUUUUUGUCCAUGUUUUAAUAUGUGCAGGUUCAUUGUCUGUUGUAGGAGAAUUCUGUUAAUUAAGAGUUAUGGGGAGCUUUGUGUGACCUAAGAGUUCAUAUGUAAAAACUUUUAAAAGGGAUUCAACUCGACUAGAGGAGUUUGUUCUUGCAUUAUGUACGCACAGCACCCCAAAGAAUAUGAAAUUGAUGUCAUGAAGCUUUCACUGCGGAAAUGAAAACAAAAUUUGGUUUCCUGGACAGAUAUUUGCUCUACUUUGCAUCUGCUUUGUGGCCACACGUAAACUGGCCGCAGUACAAGUUCAAAUGCUUCUUUACUUGUUGGUGCUUAGCAAAGAACGCAAAAUAUUAAUUCAAGGGUUUUUGAUACAGAACUAUUGGAAAGUGGGAACAGUAUUCGUGUGAAAAAAUGUACUUUUAAUUUGUGUAAAAAGUAAACCUUUAAAUAGUCAGACUCAUGUAUUUUGUGAUAAACUUUAUAGCUGAAUGUAAACACGUGCCAAAACUUCUUUUGUUCGAUUUAGGCCUAUCUACAGGAAUUUGUGGUCUUUUUCUCAGAUUAUUUCAGGAAUGCCCUAAGAUGUUAUACAUGUACCGAUGUAUCUGCAGAUUGGUAUCAUGUUUAGCUGUGCACAUGUGCAGUUCCAUGUUAUGAAAAUCAAAAUGUGUCCUUUAGUUUUAAUCUUUUAACUUUGUGAAAAUGUGAAAGGAAAUCAGCUCGAAUUAUGUAAAGAAAGUUUUUUAAUUGCAAGAUUGUGAGAACCGUAGUAAACUAACUCCUUAUUAGUGAUGAUGGCAGAGUUGGCUUAACUCACAACCUUUUUGAAACUGUAUUAACCUCCCCAGCUCUCCCCUUUUAGCUUUAUUGACAUUGAAAUUUUGUUUGAUUGAACGUUGAUUGCUUUGAAAUGGUUGGUACUGUCAGGGAGGUAAAUCUACCUGCAAUGCUUUGUCAUGCACAACAGGUAAAUGCAUACUUUCGAUUUAAAAAAAAAAUGAACCUUGAUCCUCAUAAUCGUUUGACUGUUGUUGUAACUCUGAGCUUGUUUACUUGUGGAAUAAAACUGUUACUGUACGAAGAGAAAU